AUGUCUACCGUUGAGGGUAUGUAUAGAGAGGAUUUGGUUGAAGCUCGUAAGAAGAGAAGUUUCAAGUCAUUCUCAUACAAAGGUGUUGAGUUGGAGAAGUUGUUGUCGAUGUCCACUGAGGACUUCGCCAAGCUUUGCGGAGCCAGAAUUAGAAGAAAGUUCUCCAGAGGUUUGGACUCCAAGCCUAUGGGACUCAUCAAGAAGAUGAGAAAGGCUAAGUUGGCUGCUGCCAAGACUGGAAAGCCAGUUCUUGUCAAGACCCACUUGAGAAACAUGAUCAUUGUUCCUGAGAUGAUCGGAUCUCUUGUUGGAAUUUACAACGGAAAGGUUUUCAACACUGUUGAGAUCAAGCCAGAGAUGGUUGGUCACUACCUUGGAGAGUUCUCUAUAACCUACAACCCUGUCCAGCACGGUAAGGCCGCUACUGACUCUAAGUUGAGGUUGUACUAA